GCACAGCCGCCAAGGGGGUGCGCAGGAUGUUAUGCGCGACGUUUCGGAUAUUUGGGAGAUGACCCCCCGACGCAAAAAUGACGUUACGGAAACCCGGUAGGCCGGACUCCGUUUGAAAAUCCCGACACCCGCCCGCCCGCCGGAGGAGCGAGAAACUCAGCCGCCGCUUUCGGGACGUGUUUGUCCUUUAACGCGCGUUGUUGGAGUCAGUAGAGAAGAGACGCCGCAUCUCUGUCCGACGACGUUUCGCUUCUGUUCUCGAGCUGAUCGCCAGGGUUGGGUCCGGCUGCGUCUUCGUUGUUCCUGUAGCUGGCACACAUUGUUUUUUGUAUUGUUCAUCCGCGAGUGCCUGCUGUUGCUCGAUCGCCUCAACUCGCACCGCCAUCCUACGCCUUAGGCCAGGAUGACGAUUGAAGCGGAGGGAGCAGUAAAUCCCGAGUCAGCCGCCGAGUCUCCGGCCGAGGCCGCUGUCACGAGCCAGAAGGGCAAAAGCCUGGAUGAGCUCGUGGUCGGGCUCAGCUCGAACGAUGAGCUCAAGCCCAUCGAUGGCGUGCCCAUCAUCGAGACAAAGGCUGCCGAUGCCGACUCUGCCCCGCAGAAGGAGCAGCCACAGGAAGAACUCGAAGCCGUAGAAGAGGAGGCUGUGGUGGUGAAAGUCGAAUCUCUGCCAGAACUACCAAAAACGCCCACAACCCGCUUCUGGGACAGGUGGUUCAAAAAGGGAAGCUUCACACCCAACUUUGGCAAGCAGCGCACAGAGGAAACAGAGAUGAGCGAGAAAGAGACCAAGGAUGACAGUCAGGGCAAGAAGAACGAAAACCACGCAGGUGAUGAGAAUCACAAGGACAGCAAGGACUCCCCGCCGAAUGGCGACGGCACCGGCGAGCUAGGCAAGAACGACGGCGAUGGCCAGAAUGUGAAAUCGUCGUCCAGUGCCACAGACGUCACCAUCCCCAUUGGUGACGCUGAAACAGGUGCCAAGCCGGAUGAGAAACAGGCUGACGAGAGUGUGCCCGAAAAACUGCCGUUACGCGAACGUUUUGCCCUAUAUCGACGCAAGCGCUACCUCCUUGUGGGGGCAGCCAUUGGCCUUUUGUUCCUCGUCACAGUAAUCCUGGUGGGAACGGCCCUUUCUGGUGGAGGCUUUGGCUACGACGACGACGACUGGAACAUUCCCGUAGCUGCCACAGACUGCGGUCUAGUCGAAGGCCACAUAGAAGAGAGUGCGUUCGUCUUUCGCGGCAUUCCAUACGCUCUUCCACCUGUCGGCGAGCACCGCUGGAAACCUCCAAGAGCCUUCCAGAGCAUCAGCGAGUGCUGGUCCGGAACAAAGCAGGUGCACAAGUUUGCGCCCCGGUGUCCCCAGAAGAAGGCGCCCGGAGUGCGUUUUAACACGAGUGAGGAUUGCCUCUACCUGAACGUCUACACGCCGUCCAUGUCAAAGCGGGGCCUCCGACCUGUUCUGGUCGUGCUACCUGGCGGGUCAUUCAUGGGUAUGGGAGAAGAGGACAUCUUCCUAGAGCCGAGUCCGGGGCUUGCGCGCACGCACGAUGCCGUGGUGGUGACGUUUGAAUACCGGCGCAGCGCGUUUGGCUUCUUGGCGUUGGACCUUCUCUCCAAGGGGGUGAGGCCGCCGACGUCUGGGAACUACGGCUUCUUGGACCAAGUGGCUGUGCUCAAGUGGGUGCAGCGCAACAUCCGUCAGUUCAGUGGAGAUCCCAACAGGGUGGUCGUGUUUGGCCAUGGUGCGGGAGCCACGUCUGCCCUGCUCCUGGCAACGUCAAUGGAAACCAAGGGCCUCCUCAGCAGAGUCUGGGCCACAGGCGCAUCUGUGAACUUUCCCAACCAGACAGUCGAGGAGGCUGCACGCAACAACCUUGAGUUUCUGGCGAACAUCAACUGCACCAGCCUCGCUUGCCUUCACCAGAAGACAGCCGAUGAGGUGAUAGCAGCCGUGCCAGUGUCAUGGUACGACAAUGUUUCUGCGCAGCUACCACGCAAGAACGAAAUGACAGCACCGAGCCUGGUCGUCGUUGAUGGUGUUUUCAUCAAGGAUUUUGUCUAUGACCUGUGGGCAGCUGAGAACUUCACCCGGGUGCCUGUUGUAAUAGGUUCCAACCUGCAGGAGUUCUCCUCUCGGCGGGGGCUCCCCCUGGCCGACCAAGUGGACAGCACAGAGCUGAGCUCUUACGUCAGGGACCGGCUGGGAGGCAUUGACCCCAAGCUGGCCGAAAAAGUGCUGCAGAUGUACGUGCGCAACGACACGAUGCCAGCUGAGCAGCUGCACACAAUGAUCUCAGAUGUUCGUGUGACCUGCCCACUGGAGCUACUGACUGGCGACUUUAUCAAUGCCACCGAAGGAGCGAGAUCUGCACACUUCUACAUUGUUGACUACUCGCCAAACGUGUCGCUCUCCUUCUCCACAAAUGCCGAGCCGACCAGGCUCGCACAGCAUGGGCUGGACGUGGCAGCCAUCUUUGGCAAGAUGUCGUCUGCUGCGGGCUCGUCGGAGAUGCACCGCAACGACCUACAGUUUGAGCACAACCUGCAGAAGCUCUUCCACAGCUUCGUGCAUGCAGGCACGCCCUCCCUCGGCUCGCAGCCCCUGAAGGAGAGCCCGUUCGUCAACUACAUCAGCGCUAACGUGCGCAGCCGGGCAUCCCAGCACGAGCCGUGUGCCACUUGGGGGGAAUUUGACGUGUUCCCCGAGUAUGCCAAGAAGAACUGAUCUCGCCACUUGUGUAGGCGCAAUUUUUUUUCCACAUUGUUCGUUACGAGAGAUGACAAACCAUAGGUAGCUGAGCUCUUCACUGGCAUUGUAAAUAAUGUUGGUGGACCGAGUCGGCAAAGGAGAGUGGAAAAAAAAAAUUUAAUAUGAGUGCAAACCAGUUCCUGUGAGUUGAGGUAAAUGUAAUGUAAUGAUUUCUUCUGGCCAACUCCUUAAGCCAUUAAGUAAGUGCUCAGGCAGCUUGUUAUGCUGUCUGUAGAAGAUGUUAUUACUGUCAUGACAAUGUAGGAUACUGCUGAAUGCAUAAAAUCAGUGCCCAUUAUCAGCUAGUGCACAUCAGUCAGCACAAGCAUAUUACGAAAAGGCCUACAGCAUUUCUCAGGUGCUGCAGGGAUGCCACGUGGGAAAUUCUUAGCCCCAGGCUGCCUGCACAUGCACGUGUGUGCAGCCAUGGCCUCUUGGUUGUGUUUGCCUCUACUGCGGGAAAGGGCUCGAAACUUGCUGCUGCUGGUCACCCACCAGUUAAAAGACGCGGGCGUUCCCCGGCCGGAAACACGGCUUCUUCAGGGGUGCAAUUGAGCCUGCACCAUGCAAACUUCCAUCGAAACCCCGCGGGCACAAACAACUCUGAAAGAGUGGGUCUGGGGGCCACUUCCAUAGUGGCAGUUUCUCAUAUGGCAUUCCUAUAGCACCUGAGAGGGAAAGACGCCUCAUCUCGUUUCAAAGCGCAGUGGUCCCGCAAUGGCCAAGCACUUGACCAGUAUUGGGUUUGUACCUAUUUUACUGGCAGGUUUCUGGUGGAAGCUCCAGUCUUUCUACCAUAAGACGCAAAAGGUUUCUGAGCUUUGAGGUAGCCUGCAAGCAACAUGGAUGGGCAUAAUGCUACAGUAAGGCAUGUGCGCAUUUGAGUGGUGGACACAGAUGGGACAAACACACAUGGACGAGCAGACGGAGAACCACCCUUGCGGGAUGGGGCGCAUUUUGAAACGGGGCGUGGCAGGACUCCCGUCCGGCGUUGAUGCCUUUGCGAGAACAGAGCACGGCAUUGGGGUACUCCUGUACUCGUCCUAAAGGGGCCCUGAACCACCCCUCGGGCUUGGUGAAAAAAUGCAUUCCGCGGAUAGUAUAUGCUGCUGUGAGCAAUCUCGGCCAAAUUUUGCAGUCGUGCGCGGUGUGUGGAGCUCGCAAGCAGAGCCCAAUGUCGCCUUUUUCUCAAACGCUAUCUUUUCAACAGAAGCCUGCUCUUCACUCUUUUCUGGACGCUUUAUUUCGUAAUAUAGCAUAUUCCCGUACGUAGCUGCUAUUGGCGAAUAGCUGACAUCAAUCAAGAAGGGUGUUUGGGUCCAUGCACUUCUUCCUACUGCUACUGUGUAUAUUUAUUGACGCAGUUUAAUAGACAGCCUGAAGUAAGUGAAAAUCUGCUUUCGAAUUUAGGUAAUAACUACGUACUUCUGGAAUAAACUGACUAUCGUCUGCUCACGCCAAAUUAAAUUUUGGUCACCCUGCUUAUCAGUGUCAUAGCUGUUGGGUCUCGCUAAUUUCGACUAGUUUUGAACACGAAACUAGCCUCGAACCAAGCGAAACUUAAGGUCAGACCACACGCACAUCCAACUUUCGCAAGUGCGAAAGUUGGAUGUGGCUACUAUUCGUCGGUCAAGCUGGUGAAGGACAAAGCCGGUCUGCACCACGUAGCACAGUCAGACUGGAGCAUAUGAGCGCGAGCAUGCACUCAAGCACCGUCGUGCACUAUCGUGCACACUUGCAUGCAACUACGGCAGAGUAUUUCAGCAAAGUAUUUCGGCUGCGGCAAUAUAGCUUUUUGUGGGAAAGUAUUUCUUAAAUAGUCUAACUUCAAAUGCACUUCUUGAUUUCGAUAUAAAGUGCUUCAGGGCCCCUUUAAAGUAAGCUGGUGGGUGUUGGUGGUGGGUUUUGAACCAGCCACCUCCCACAGCUGUAUCCUCGCCUGCACAUUAUCAGCAAUACUAAGUUGUGAGGUCUGUACAUGAUGAUUCUGCAUUGCUCCUUUUGAGAUGUUAAUUUCUUUUUUUUUUUUCUUUCUUGGUGCAAUGUCAGUACUGAGUCUUACUUGUGAACUAAGUACUGUACAUUUACUCUUUUGUGUAUCGUUCUGUUAGUGAAUGUCUUUUAUUUCCACUGAGGACUGCAAGCAUUGCAGAGAUGUAGCAAGCAUCCAGCAGCGUUGCACCGGAUGGAUGUCUGAGAAGUGUAAGUCAUAGAUGCCGUGCGUCUGUGAGCGCAAGCGCACGGCAUCACAAGCCAGCCACACUGCCAAAGGUUCGCGCAUAGAAGCAAAUAGCCACUGUGCAUGUCGUUUGAUCCUUCAAACUUGUAGCCACAUGUUUUGUGCAGUUUGUAUUUCUUUUUUGUCGGUUUGUUUCGUACAUCACCACUACAUUGUUCUGCAUGUGCCAACUUGCCACACAAGUCGAGUGGCAAGGUUUUUAAACGGAUCUCGCAAGUUGUCACUGUAUGGUGGACAAGUCGUGCAGCUGUAGCGAGCGCUCACCACUGCCCUCAUUCAUUGCUCAUCAGAAAGAGUAGGAAAUGUAUAAAGCUUUCUUUUUUUUUUCCCUCACAUCAACACUUGUCUUGUAUCAUGUUCUGUUGCUUCGCCUAUUCCCCCCCCCCCCCCCCCUUUUUUUUCAGUGUGUUAUGUGUGCGUCUGCUCAGCAUCUCAUCUUUUUGUAUAAGCGAAAUAAAGACUAAAAAUAAAGACUUUGUACCACAGAA